AUGGAAUCACUCACGUCUCACCCGCGCACACCCGUUGAGAGCUCCGAGGUCGAAAAUUGGGACGAUGAAGACUUUGAAAACCUGGAAGAUGUCCAGCUUCGCACUGCUUCGACCGCAACAUCAAUCAUAUCACAUCCUCAAGCUAAUCAUCGAGAUUCGAUGUCUUCUCGCAUGUCGAUGCGAUCCGAGUCAAAUCAGGGAGACGAAAAUUGGGAUGUUUUGGUAGACGAACAAGCUUCGAUAAAAGACGCAAUAGCUCUCGCCAAGAGUAAAGGAAUACCGUUGCCCGCGAAUGUACCACGUUCGGCUUUGGAAGGUGGCACGAUAAGACGAUUGAAAGGCAAGGAAAUCAAGAAAGCCACUGCGGACGACUGGUCGGAAGAUUUGGAUUUGCCAGGAGCCGAUAUUCCCCUCAAGCUUGCAAAACACGACGGCCCCGAUUUGUCAGAGAAUUUGCGGCAGAUCAGUGCUGCUUUCAGGACAUCACCCAAAACUCUCGACAUGAAAGACUUAUUUGAUAAGACAAUUCGGUCACCAAAAUCUCGGACAGCACCUACCCCGGUCACACUGGACGCUUUUCGCGAUACUGACGAAGAUGCGGCAUUUGUGGAUGUUCCGACAAUAAAAGUUGCAAAACACAGGUCACCCCAGAAGCCGUUGUUGUUUCAGCAACCUCCCACACCGGUCAAGCCGGAAAUGGAAAACAUUGAAGAGGACCUCGAGCUACCCGCCGAUGGGCAGCUGAGAUUGUCAACAAGGAAGCCGCUACCUCAAACACCACAGCAGAGUGAUGACUUUGAUCUGGAAUGGGCCGAAGGCAGUUUGGGGACUAGGCAUGCCGGUACCAAGAGGGGAGGUCGAUCUGCUCGCAGUUCUUCUGCAUCGGCUUUAAGUCCGAGCGUGUCAAGCGCCUUUACAGCAGAGAGCGAAGAUGAAGGACUCGACGGUCUAAUUCUACCGGAUGGACCUAUUAAGUUCGAAGACCAGCUCAAAAAGAGACAACAAGAACAUAUUCCGGAACCGAGGAGCAUUCCAGAGGAAAAGCCGGCGCCGAAACCAGAGUCUGGGAAAGAGGACUUCUUUUCUGGUUUGGAAAUUGGGGAUGGCGAAGUCUUUGACACCGCCAAACUGACCUUGAAUCGCAACAUCAAACAUAAGAGUAUACGACCUGCAAGCCCGUCUAAGAGGACUACCACCACACUCAAUUUUACGAGUACCAAGUCUCAAGGGACAAUAUCGAAGUUGCCGAGAUUUCAACCUGCACAUGACCGACAUGAACGUGCCCGCUCCAAUCUGGAACCUGUCUCGGAAACUGGUGUAGCGAUACCCUCCUAUCAACGCCCAAAUUCGCGGCUUGGGACUCACUCAGCUAAUUCAUCCGUUUCCACCAUCCCGACUCCUUCCACUCCAUCGACCCCCAGCAGACGAAUCCUCCGUGGGGCCGAAUCUCGACCUGAGCUGCGUUUUGAGCAGCCGACAACGACAAAUGCCCAGCUUUUACGUGCAAAGCGAUCGAUGCCUGUCAUGCGAGGCGUCAACUCACCGACCAAAGCCUCGCCGUAUGUGAGACCUCCUUCCAGACAGGAAACAGGUAGCCGUCUCAAUCUCCCUUCACGCCCUAAGACACCCACAGACCGUGCCGACUCUCGGAUUGGGGAGCCUAGGAAGGCGGCUGUACCUUUCAUUCCAGCCGGAGCAUCGGCCGGGCAGUCUCAACAUAUUAGUAUCAAGACUGCGGCGUCUCGUCACUAUCGGGGUCAAGGGUCUGAUGGAUCAGGGGAUAGCAUGUCUGCUGCGCAGAGGUCGUUGUCCCGUCUUGCUGGCCUAGGCAGGCCGGAAACCCCUGGUCGUGCUCGAAGCAAUUUGGCACCAGCUGAGCUUACUGUUCAGGCCAAGAAAACAAUCACCAAACCCACGAGGCGUCGUAAUUAUGGUGAUGGUACAGAAUUGGAGAUCUUCGAUGAUCUUCCAACAUCUGCCAGCAUUGAAUCCAAAUUCACCAAGACACCAAUCGGUCGAGGUGCGCCUCGAAGUCUCAGAAGCAAGCUUGGUCUCUCGCACAUGAACCCUUCCACCUCGUCGCUUGCAAGCACCCGACGAGGGAGUGAUACACCGAUGCCCGCGACACCCCUUUCCCCCCCAAAGAGUGAUUUCUCGACCACCGCCGUCAACCCUGCUAAUGUUCCUCGCUUUGCUCGCGACACUGCUGCUUCUCGAAACGCUCGUGAACAGCGACAGAUUUCAACGACCUUUCAAAACGUGCGGGGGGAACCGCUGCAACCGAUCUCAACCAACUGGAAGUCCACCGCAGCAGCCCGUACCAACACAGGAAGUCUGAGAAAGAAAAAAAGUGAUAAGAUUCAGUUGAAGCCACAUCUCAUCAAGCCCAUGGGCAGUGAUAUGAACCGGCCCAAGACGGAAAAGGGCAUGCAAUAUAAUCCUCUGCUGUUUAGAUGGGACGGAAACGAAAAUGCUCUGGCCCCUUUUGACGUACCCGAUUUUCAUCCGAGAGGCGGCAGCCCCGCGGGUCAAGCUCAAGGGAGCCCUGGUACCAAAGCAAAUUUAGCAUUGAUCUCCAAUGUCGGCUCCGGCGUCACUGGAGUUCAAGUUGAUGGUGGCAUGGUGUUUGACCCGUCCCAAAUGCGAUGGUUUAAACUCGCUGAGAACGCCGAUGGAACUACAUCAAGCCUCCGUGGAGGGAGUGUUCAGAUUGAAGAGGAAGAAGACGUUUUCGCUGGCCUAGAAGAUCUCAGGGAGGAAGACGAAACCAGAAGUCGCAGUGGUACCCUGCAAAACAUUCCUGGACUCGGUCCGUUGGGAGAUUCUUUUGAUGACGGAGAGGUCGGACACAGUAGUGGUGACGAGUGGGGAGUGGGUGAAGAGUUUGAUGUUGGGCCUGAAUUCGUCAAGAGGCAGAGAAGUGAAGAGGAGAGAUGGCGCAGGAAAGUUGAGAAGUGGUUGAGAAGGGGUAUAGAAGGGGAAGAGGAAGAAGGCCCUGACGGGACCGGAGGUUGGAGGUGGGCGAUUCGAGACUUGGUGAUGGCCCAGGGCGAAGCUCGAGGAGGUCCUGCUUGA